UAUUUUGAUUUAGUGUAAGAAAAAAAUACUAUUUAUUCGCUGAAAAGUCGUAGUAAAUUAGUACAGAAAGAAAAAAGAGAAUUGAGGAGGUCGGUAUAGUCAGGGACAUUUUGGUCCUUCUCAAGUUUCAACGACAAGAGGGGAACACUGUAGGCGUGCACACCCCUCCAGUUUUAAUAAAAAAAAUGACAAGAGGGGAAAAUAAUCAAAACUGAUUAGAAACACUGAGGAACCCCAAACUCCGUGUCAGUUUUACUAAUGAUGAAAGGCAUGGCCACCGGGGGAAACCUGUGCGCCGUGGAGAAGCGCGGCCGAGUGCACGUCAUCACCCUCACCGGCGCGGGGGAGCACCGUCUCAGCCCAGCCCUGCUCUCCGCGAUCCGCUCCGCGGUGGCCACCACCCGCCGCGCCUCCCCCAGCGGCGUCGGCGCGCUCGUCCUGGCCGCCGAGGGCAAGUUCUUCAGCAACGGCUACGACCUGGUCUGGGCGCGCGCCGGGCCGGCCCCGGCGCCGGGGCACCGCGUCUCGGCGAUGCGCAUGGCGCUCCGGGGCCUGGUCGCCGACCUCCUCGCGCUCCCCGUGCCCACCGUCGCGGCCGUCACGGGCCACGCCGCGGGCGCCGGCUGCGAGCUCGCGCUGGCGCACGACGCCGUCGUCAUGCGCGCCUCCCGCGGGUUCCUCUACAUGAGCGAGGUCGACGCGGGGAUCAAGAUCGUUGACUUCGUCGGCGAGCUGGUCCGGCACAAGGUCCCCGACGCCGUCGCCAGGAGGGACCUGGUCAUGAAGGGGGAGAAGAUCACGGCCGCGGAGGUCGUGCGCCGAGGCAUCGUGGAUGCGGCCGUGGACGGCGGCGUGGAGGACGUCGUGGCCGCGGCGGUCGCCAUGGCUGUGGAGCUCGCGGGCAGAGGCUGGGAUGGGGUGAACCUGGCCGACAUCCGGAAGGCCACUUGGCCCGUGCUGUGGAGCAAGGUCAAGGACUACGGCGGCGAGGCGCCGGCGCCGGCGCGGCCGCGUCUAUAAACUGCAGCUGUCUGCUUGUAAAUUUCGAUCAUCUCUGUGUAAAAACAAAAUCAAACUACGAUUUGAAGGAA